GUAAAGAGAGAAGAAGCCCUCUCAGUCUCAUCAGUCAUCACUCUCUCCAUAGCUGCUUCAUCAAUUCUCAUUAAAAGCUGCUCAGGGUGCCUGGCCUUCAUUUCGUCCUGCUCAAAUUAUGGAUAAUGGGGAUGUGGACAAAAGAAUUCGUCCUUUAGAUCUGGGGAUGUUACCUCCUUGGGAGAUCACUGUUAACCUUGCUGAUGGUGGGAGGCAAAAUAUCAAAAUCCCGUACUCGGAGGGUACCCAUGUUGUUGGUCUCCCCCUUGGUUCGGAUGUUCCUAAAGUGAUUGCAUCCAACUACGAAACCUUGCUGUGUAUGGUAAACGGCAUGACUUCCAUCAUAACUGAUCUAACUCUAAAGUUAGAACAACAACAGAAGGUUGCUGCUUGCCGUUUGGACAAUUUGAAUCGCUUCCGCCUUGAACUUGAGGAGUUGACAUGCACAGUAGGUGGUGGUAUGGCAGUUCCUCGGGCUCCUGUUUCUCCAUCCAAAAAGAGGAAGCUGAGUACGGAGAUUUCUGGCCCUUGUGAUACACAGGCAGUUUGUCUUGAGAAACCUGAUCCCUGCCUCCACCAACAUCCAGUGAUAAGCCAGCCAUCCCUGCUCUCCUGGUCCAAGAAUCUGCAAUAGAAGAUGAGUGCCCCUUACCAGAGUGAAGCGUUUGCGAGGCGAAAAUGUCCCUACAAUUGCGUCACUAACUUGUUCUGAUGUGCACACUGAGAACGUUGAAUCCGAUGGAGGAGUUGUGCCAGUUGGGAACCCUUUUGAUGCUACGACGACCUCUACCUCCACCAAUUGCCGGACUGUUGACUUCACAGCAUUACCUAUUUCGAUUUCUAUAGAUUACUUACCGCUUUCUAGUAUGAAGCACUCUGGGAGCGAAGAUUUCCCCACAUACUGUCUACAAGUGAGAAGGUUGAAUCCAUUGCAGGGGCACUUGUUGUUUGGGAACAUGUAGAUGCUACAAUGACCUCUACCUCCGCCAAUUGCCAGACUGUUAACUGCACAGCAUUAACUAAUUCGACUCCUACUGAUGACACUCUUCCUCUCAUACUGUCUACAAGUGUUUCUAGUCUAGCGGGAGAUGAAUGGUUUGAAUAUGUGGACAAUUUCAGGAUCACAAAAGUAUACGCAGAUUUGUAUAAGAAGAUCUAUAGCAAGCAUGGGCAUAUGGCGACUAAAAAGGUCAUCAGGUCCAAUGAUGACAUACUACUUGUAUGUGUUACUAGCUUGCUGAAGAUUGUCUCUGCCAUGGAAACUGUAAGGGGUGUGGAUUUGAGUGUAGCGCUGCUAGAAAGUUGGGAAGGAGACAUUGGAGAUGCUGAGACCUUGCAAUUUAACAUUAAGUGGCUCCGUGGGAUAUUCAAUAAACUUAAGAAGUCUUGGAAGUUGUCUUUCAUGAUAGAUAAAGAAGUUGAAAGCCGUGAACAAGUUUUGGAGGCAACACAGGUGGAGUAUGCUGGCCUUCUUCGUUCAAGAAAAGUUGAACUUGAGACGGAACUUCUGGAGGUGACAGUGAAAAUUAGGGAAUUUGAAGGUAAGAUUUCGUCUGAACGCGAAGCUAUCCAAGUAAAGAUGGCAGAGAAGAACAUAUUUCUGUUUGAGCCUGUUCUGGGGAGUUUGUUUAAUCCAGAGCUUACAAAUUGAUUGCAAUGCGUCCAUAGUAUGUUGUUAAACCCGGUCAGAGAUCGAAACUCGCCAAUACUAUGUAUUUAGUGUUUCUACAUAUUUAUGAAGCAGUGACCAU